AUUAAAUCAAGCUACAGUAAUUGUAAAGUUUUUAAUAAACUAUCCUAAAGCCUUGUAUGCCAAAAUAAAAAUGUUGGACCUGACAACUAUUUCUCUUGCAACAACGGUCCUGGUACUGAUGUACUUGUGGAUCAAACGCCCCAAACUCAACCUCCCUCCCUGCCCCACCCGCCCCUUGCCUCUACUCGGACAUUUACUCACACUAGAGGAAAAUCCAAGGUCACAGUUCAAGAAAUGGCACCAGGAAUUUGGGGAUAUUUUCAGCCUGUACAUGGGAGGUAAAUUGGUUGUUGUUGUGUGUGGCUAUGAGUUGAUCAAAGAACUUCUGCUCAAAAGGGGAGAUGAGUUUAAAUAUCGUCCAAGGUUGGCUAUGAGUGAGGCCAGCCCCUUACCAAAAAGUGGCGUCAUUUUUUCAAACGGCCACAACUGGAAGGAACAAAGAACAAUUUCUCUGCACAUUCUGCGAGACUUCGGCAUGGGGAAAAACAUACUCGCGGACAAAAUCUUGGAGGAAGUUGAAUAUUUCCUGAACCUGCUUGAGGAAACCCAAGGCCAGCCUUCAAGCAUCAGAGUCGCCACCAACAUCAGCACAGCUAACGUCAUCAGUUCCAUUGUGCUGGGUCACAGGUUCGACUACAAGGACGAGACAUUGCGAGAGUUGAUCACCAGGUUUAAUGAAGUUAUUAGCGAUCAACAUUUCAACGGUGUGGCUAAUUUUUUUCCAUUCCUGCGUUUUUUACCAGGUGAUAUGUUUCACUUUAAAAAGACAAUCAAAGCUAAUGAAGACAUUAUGAAGUUAAUGAAAAAGUUCGCUCAUCUGAAAGGCGUAGAGCAGUACAAGGAAGACAAUAUCGACAACCUGAUCGCAGCGUAUGUGCAUGAGUUAAAUGACAGGAAAGCCAAAGGAAAGGAGACAUGCCUGAAUGAGGACGAGCUUGUGAAAACAGCUUACGAUUUGUUUAUUGCAGGUAUGGAAACCACGAGUACAACAAUCACUUGGUGUUUGUUGUAUGUUCUUAACAACCCGGAAGUCCAAGCUAAAAUUUACAGAGAGUUAAAAGAACAAGUUGGAACAAACAGAUCUCCGUGUAUACAAGAUAAACCAAAUCUGACAUAUCUCAACGCUGUCAUUAAAGAAACACAAAGGCUAGCCAGCCUUGUCCCACAGAGUGUAACACACACGUGCACAGAAGAUGUGACCGUCCGAGGCUACACCAUCCCUAAAGGAACUUACAUCUCACCCAACCUGGACUCUGUCUUACAUGAUCCAAAGAUCUGGGGCGAUGACGUCAUGGAGUUUAAACCUGAAAGAUUUAUAGACCAAGACGGGAAGUUAAAAACUCCUGAAGAGUUCAUCCCCUUCUCGAUAGGUCGUCGUGUCUGUUUGGGCGAGUCCCUGGCUGUCAUGGAGUUGUUCCUGUACCUCUCAUCAAUCUUCCACAGGUUUGAGAUUCUGCCAGAAACUCCGGGCUCGCCGCCUCCAAUCAAAUACAAGUUUGGUUUUGUCGCCUCUCCCUUAGCUUAUAAACUAAGACUUGUAAAAAGAUGUUGAUGGGAAAUAUUUUAUUAACUUUAUGACUUUAUGAAGGGUUAACAGAUACAAAAUUUUGUGAUGAUUUUUUAACUAAACAACUAACUUACUGUUCUUCUGUAUGUCGAUGUAAUGUAAGGCACUUACAAUUGAGCUAAAUUUAAAAAAAAUUAGCUUAAAAAUUAUUUCAACACUGAUAGCAAAAGUUUAAUUUAGUUGUUUGUCCUGUAAAAACGAUUUUUGUAAAUAAAACAAAAGCUUUAUAUAAUUGAUAAUAAUAUUAUUGUAUUUUAAAUGUAAAUAAAAAAGUGUGUAUGAAAAUUUAUAUUUUUAUUUCUUUCAAUUGCUGUGGUGGUGAACUGCUUUAACAACUGUUGUUCGGGUAUUCAUUUAGCCACCCAUAUGAGUUUUUUUUUUCAAAUAGGCUCAUCUCAUUUUACAUGAAGCAUUGCGUGCGAGAACAUUAUUUUCUUACUGACAAGCUAUUUUAUAUAAAUAGCUUUUAUAUAACUCAAGCACG